ACUUUUCUUGACUUUGAUUUUUGCAAUCUCCCCCCAUCUUUCACCAGUUGACAGCUACAAAAUGGCCCUCCCAAUAGACCGAACUCAAAUCCUCCGACUUUACCGACGUCUCCUUUCGUCCUCACGAACCCUCCGAUACACAGACCAAGACUACUUUCGCUUCCGUAUCCGAGAAGCAUUUCGACAAAACCAGGAUGUCACGGAUUCGGCAAGACAGGAGCGACUUUUCAAGAGGGGCGUAUUUAUGUUGGAGAAUGAGCGGGGUGGGUUGGUAUAGGUGUGCGCAAAGAAUGUCUAUGAGGAUAUCAAAAAGCAUGGUUGAGAGCAACCAUCGUUGGAGUGGAAAUGGUGCUUUUCUGUGUAUAUUGGGACUUGGGCAAUGUAAAUAGGACUUGUUUUGUUUAUGUGGAGUAGUUCAUUGGUGGGUCUUUCGUUGAGGCGGGACGGUUGCGAGUCUGCAACAAAUGGCCAUGUCAUGUUUCUGUGAUGUACAAAGAAUCACACAUGUAUGAUUGUUCUUUAAAAAAGCGGAUGCAUUGUGGUAGAUUCACCUCGUCAUUGAAUGCAAACCGUCUAUCAGACGAAUCAGAUAUACCAUCAUAUCAUAA